UCUCAAUCAUCAGCAUCUUCAUCUUCCUUAACUCAUCAUCAUCACCUGCUCCGUUCUGUAAAAUAUCUUACAAUCAAUGGCAGGUUUAAUAUACGAAAUCUUCUCCUCCUCAGCUCUUCUCUCACUUGGACUCUACCACACGAUCUGCACCACUCGCAACCAUCUCAAAUCCCCCCAAUCUUACUCCGCCAAACCCUACCAUCCCUUCCCUUUACCUCACCACCACCACCGUCUCAAACACCUCCAACUCUUCCUCCUCAUUCUCUGUCUCCUUAUCGCCUUCGCUCAUCAAUGCUUCAUUUCCUCCGACUCCGACCCUCUCCUCAAGGGUCGCACCCCCGUCCACCGUUUCGCCUCUCUCCAAUCCGCUCUUGUUUCCUUCCUCUUUCUCAUCCUCUCCGUUUCUCUCUUAAUCUCCGAGUCCACUUCUCUCCUCCCUUUCCCUUCCGAUCUUUUCUUCGCUCUCGCCGCCGCUGUUUUUUACCUCCAGUACUCUGUCUCCUCCGCCGCCGCCUCUGUUCAGACCUCCGAUCUCCAGGCCAAAUGCGACACCGUUUCUGGGCGGAUUUCCGUUCUCUCAUCUUUGCUCUGUUUGGUUCUCGCUUGUCAGCCCCGGUUGUUCGUCGCUGACGUGGCUUUGGGUGGGACUUUGUGUUUGCACGGUCUGUGGGAGUUGCAGACGGGGCUGUCUUUGUACGUGGAGGCUUUUAUUCCGGAAGGCUGUCACAAGUUGUUGGAUGUGGUGAAGGGUGUGGAAGGGUCCACGAAAUGUGAUUUGGAGGAGUCGAAGUUGAGAGCUAUGGCUAUUUUGGAUCUCUUGUUCUUGGUUCACGUUAUGUUUGUUUUUGUUAUUGUUAUGGUUACUUAUGCUGUGGUUUCGAAGACGGUUGCUAUCAGGAGAAUGGGGUCGUACGAGGCCUUGCCUAAUACUUCUGAGGCUAAUAAUCAUAUUCAGAUGAAGGCAUUAAGCGGCACACAGGCUUGACAUAUCCAAUUAAUCGUGUUCAAACUUUUCAGGGAUUUGAUUUUUGUAUACAAAGUAUGUGCUUUCACUUGAUUCUCUGUGUUUUGGCUAAUGUAAUUGUUUUGAGGAAUCAUUUGCAUUUAGAUCAUUGGGGUUAUCAUAUUAGCUUGUUUUGAUAUGUUUUUUGUAUUAGUUUAGUCCCCAUAUCUAAUUGUAGUAGACAUGUUGUUAUAUCAAUGAUUUUGUGGCAUUCAGCAGUGUUGUGAUAUUUUCAUAAA